UUGACAUUUAUAAAAUGCGAUGGCGAAUGUUUGUAGACUUGUAAGAAAAAUAUUCUAUAUUAUUCUUCCAAAUACAAAUUAAACAAAAUAAAAUUGUUAUUCAUGGGUCUACUAAUAAGAAGCGCAACAUUCGGUCGCAUUGCCUAUUGUGAUAUAUUUAUUCGAACAAUAUCCACUCGUAACGCACAACUAACCAAAUUAGCUGAAGUCGGCAGACUUGAGAAUCCUAAACUCGAUGGCAAAUACCUAACUGGCCAAUUAUUUUUGCAUCGAAUUUUUGGUUAUCGCGGAGUUGUGCUCUUUCCAUGGCUUGCCAGAGUAUAUGAUCGGGAUUUGCAUGCACCAGGCAAGCAGCAGGUGCAAGCAGAUGAAAGUAAUUUCAAUAAACAAGAACAGACAAAUAAUAAUAAUGAAAAGACGGGUGCCACAUCGGCGGCGACGGAAAAUAAUGAAAAUGCUUCAAAAGAAGUCAAGGGCAAAGUUAAUACAUUCUAUCAAGUUCUAAUUGAUUCGAGAGAUUGUCCAUUUAUUAGAGCUCAAACUGAAGCUGUGACGUUCCUUGGUAAUCAAGAUUCAAAUCGAAGUCUCUAUGCAAUUCCAGGCUUAGAUUAUGUUUCGCAUGAUGAUAUAAUGCCGUAUUCGUCAACAGAAAAAAAUCCUCUACAUCAUGAGUUGUUUGAUAAGUUCUUAGCCAGAGUUGAGGGAAAUGAUCCUGCCUUUGAGGCUAGAGACACACUUAAAGCCUGGCAAGAAAAGAACUAUCCUUGGUUGGAAUUGUCUGAUGUUCACAAGGAAACAACGGAGAACAUUAGAGUGACGGUCAUUCCGUUUUAUAUGGGAUGCCGCGAGACACCAGCUUCAUCGGUUUACUGGUGGCGCUACUGUAUUCGAUUGGAAAAUUUAGGCGAAUUAAGCGUUCAACUUCGUGAAAGACACUGGAGAAUCUUUUCUCUCUCGGGUACCCUAGAAACGGUCAGGGGACGAGGCGUUGUCGGACAAGAGCCUAUACUUAGUCGAAAAUUGCCGGCCUUUCAGUAUAGCAGUCACGUAAGCUUGCAAGCUCCAAGUGGACAUAUGUGGGGAACUUUCCGUCUGGAACGUGAAGAUGGUCAUUCUUUCGAUUGUAAAAUUCCACCAUUUUCUUUAGAAAGCAAACCCGAAGAAAAUCCAACACCUUCUUCAAAAUCAACAAAACCUGAUAACCCGGAGAGUUCACUUUAAACGCAAAUACUACCAAUAGGAAAUGCAGAUGUGAAUUAAUAAAUUAAAUUAUUUUAAACCCAGUCCAUGUCGACGUUUUUUUCAAAGACGUGCGUCGUCGUUUGCUUUCUAUUUUGUUGGUUGAAAAUUC